AUGUCAUCACUGACUCCUCUACCUCACUUCCUCAGUGCUACCAAAUUCCAUCCCUCAUUUGAAACUGACGUUCGGGACGUCCAUCUUGUGUAUGAUUACGACACCCAUGCAAUUGACGGGAAACCAGAGAAAUGGCGCUAUGAAAUGUGGUUCUUCUCCGAAAACCGUAUCGUCUACGCCAUACACGGUGGUCCGAUGGCAGGCAGAAUCAAUUACCAAACAGCCACAUACCAAUGUAUUCGACCUGGGGAACUCUGGCAGUGCAACUGGCUCGAGGAGACUGGAACCAUCUGCUCACUUGUCUAUGAUAUCACCAACAAAAGUAUCACAACGUUCAUCGCGUUUUCAAAAGGUCACUGGGAAAUGCCACAUUAUGCGCACGGCGACAAGAGGGACGCUGUGGAUUUUGAUAGGUGGAGGGGGCUUGCAAAGCUUGGCAUACACACUGAUCGAUAUUUGCUUUCGGAGCAGGCGCAGAUUCUGCAGCACUUUAAGGGCAAGGGCGAUCUAGUACCUAUUGACGACGAUGUCCCUACCUUCUGA